UUUGUUGGGAAUUACGAAAAAUGUCUCCGCAGGGAAGGAAUGCAGUGAUGAACUCUGUGUCUGUAACACGAUACUGGUAGAUCGUGGAAAGACAUCAUACUCCAGAUUUAAAAGCAGAAUUGUGAAAAGGCUAAGGUCAGAGGUUACUGUUGCUAGCAGCCCCUUGGCCGCAAGAUGGCAGCAGUCCUUCAACAGAGAAUUUGACACAGUCUGUCAAAGACUUCCUUUAGAUCUGUCACCAACGGCAGAAAACAGUUCUGACUCUGAGCAGACGCUUGGAGAACUUGAAACAACAUUAACAGCUCAAGUUUCCCCAGACAAGCUGAAGCAACACAGUGAAAUACAACCUGGCAUCGUUCCUCCACCAGCAGCAUGUCAAGGGACAAAAUCAGCAGCUGACAACGUGAGCAAACAGGAAUUCUCUCUGAAAUUAUGUGAUGAAAAGAAAAGAGCCCCCGAUGUGAAGAUGACCGGGCCCUGCGAAGGCCCUGCCUGCAAAGCUUCAGCAGACAGACCCCAUCCUAUCCAGAGUAGUCCUGUCAAUGGUGACUGCACUCUCCCAGAACUUGAGAUAAAACUAGAUAUUACUGGGUUGAGGGAUGAUUACUACUUAAACUUACUGGAUUGGAAUUCCAAAAACCUUGUUGCUGUGGCUUUAAAUUCCUCUACUUAUAUGUGGAAUGCCGAAACCCACAAGACGUUAGGAGGAAUCCAUUUAAAUUCUAACACUAAAUAUGUUUCAUCGGUUGCCUGGAUAAACCAUGGCAAUUGUCUUGCAAUUGGAACUAGUGAUGGUGAAGUUCAGUUAUGGGAUGUCGAAACAAAGAAAAGACUCAGAAACAUGCUUGGUCAUCAGUCUGUAGUGGGAGCCCUCAGCUGGAAUAACUACAUUCUCAGCAGUGGUUCACACUUAGGGUUAAUUCACCAGCAUGAUGUCAGAAUUGCACAACAUCACGUUGGGACUCUCCGUCACCAGAAAAGUAUCUGUGGGCUUAAAUGGUCACCUAAUGGUGGUCGCCUUGCUAGCGGCUCAAGUGACGGCCUGCUGAAUAUCUGGCCCAGUGAUCCAGGCGUGAUGGUACGCAGCCAGCCCCUACAGACAAUGGCCCACCCCACAGCUGUGAAGGCAAUGGAUUGGUGUCCAUGGCAGUCUGAAGUGGUGGCUGUAGGGGGAGGAAUGAAGGAUGGAGUUCUACGAAUAUGGGACACAAACACUGGGAGCUGCAUUAAAUCUACUCACACUAACUCACAGAUUUGUUCAUUACUUUGGGUGAAAGAAACAAAGGAACUAAUAACUGGACAUGGUCUUCCCAGAAAUCAGAUUGUUCGGUGGGACUUUCCAUCUAUUACUAAAGUAACUGAGUUGCAUGGUCACAAAGGAAGAGUUCUGAAUUUAGCUUUAAGCCCAGAUGGAAGACAGUUUUUUUCCGCAGCAGCCGAUGGAACUGCCUGUGUGUGGAGAGCCAAAGACAAUGAAGACGCAUAUCAAGAGCAAGGCCCAGAGAAGUCUGACUGAUAUUACCUGAGCAUGUUUGCAGUGUAGAUGUGAACUGAGCCUCAGUAAAUCACACUGGGGGACAAUCCCAGUAGGGUUAAUAGAUUCUGUAGUUAAAGAGGUACUCUUUAGCAGGGGUGUAACAAUGCACUAAUAUUGUGAUACAAUACUUACAAUAUCAGGAUACUCGGGUCACAAUACAAUAUGUAUCAUGAUACAUGUGAUGGCCCUGAUUGGCUACAUGUAGGAUGAAUAAUAAGAUAAAAUGAUCAAUUAAUAACGGACUAUUGUGUUAAAAAACAAAAAUUUAAAUGAGUUGUGUUCAUACCAACUAUAAAAUACUCAUUGUUCAUUAAAAAUGACUUUGUGAACUACAGCAAGCUAUGUUGUGCUUUUGGUCAUGUAUUGUGAUACAAUAAUACAAACCUCUAUGACAAUACGAUAUGUCACGCAAAAACAAGUAUCAUGAUUUAUUGGUACACGAGGAGUCAUUACACCCCCACUGUCAUGAGUUUCCACGCUGAAGUUUUGCAUAACUUUACAUUCUACUUAAAGCUGUUGUGAAUUGUUUGCCAUUUCUAGAUUAUUUUUAAGUACAAAAUUGAUUAUUUUGAAGGAAGCAUCAAUUUAGCAAAAUAGGCAAAACUUAAUUAAUAACUUUCAUACUUGAUUAUAGAAUGUUUAAACAGGUUUUGCUGCCUGUGGAAUGCAUGGAAGAUAUGUUUUUAUGUUCAGAGGAUCUUUUGAUGCUGUUGGUUUUAAUGCAUGAAGUUUUUUUUUUUUUUUUUUUUUUUUUUUUUUCUAUAAUAGCCAGUAAACAUGGGAAAUACUGAAUAAAUUUACUUGUUGCUCUGGAGAUUUUAGCUCAUGGCAUGAUAGAAAAAUAAAUAUUCUUUAUGACAUAUUACAAUUAAAUCUCUGCCAGUGGGGGUAAAAUAAGUAUAUUAGGGCUGCUCCGACUAAUAGAUUAAUUGGACCAAUUAAUCAACUAAAGAGUUGAUCUCAGGUUAAUUAAAAAAAAAAAAAAAAUGUAAUCGGAACAUAAACAGUUGAAGGUCUUUAGUUGCUUUAACCAAUCUGAGAGUCAAAGAUCUGGCCCUUGCUAUCAGGUGUCCAGUCAUGAGUGAGCAGAGGCAGGACAUAAUUGGGAGUUUAACCAAUGGGAAAGCAAAAAAUCUGCCCUGGUUUUGCAGCUGUCCAAUCAUGAGUGAACAGAGGUGGGACAGAAAUAUGUUAGGAUAGGGUGUAAGCAUAACAAAAUUUCACGCGAUGUUGUUUAUUAUAGAGACAGCUAUGGAGAAUUAUAUUGAGAACUUCAAAUUUAUAUUUCGAAUUGUUUUUCGUAAAUUUUAAAAACAAUGUCAUAGACAACAGAGACAUUGUAGUCGAUUUGGUUACGAAUGAAUUUUAAUUUAUA